UGGUACCACCCAUUAAUGGGGUGUGUGUGAUCAACUUUAUAUCCAUCCAUCCCAUAGGCCAUAGCCAAACAAAAAAACUGCUACUGUUGCAACAUUUUUGUAACAAUGGCUGAGCUUUGUCUAGAUUGUUACCACGGUGCAUCAGCGACAGCGGUGGUGGUUCCUCAUCACACAAGUCACGGCCAGGAAUCAACCGCGGCAGUGAAGUUGCAAAAAGUGUACAGAAGUUAUAGAACCAGGCGUAGGCUAGCAGAUUCGGUUCUUGUUGCUGAACAGCUAUGGUGGCAAGCCAUAGAUUAUGCAAAGCUGAAUCGGAGUACAGUUUCCUUCUUCGAUUAUCAUAAAUCCGAAACUGCAGCGUCACGGUGGAGUAGGAUCAGUCUCAUUGCAUCGAAGCUGGGGAAAGGAUUAUCUAAGGAUGCCAACGCACAAAAGUUAGCGUUCCAACAUUGGAUUGAAGCGAUUGAUCCAAGACACCGUUAUGGCCAUAAUCUGAACUUCUACUAUGAUGAGUGGUGUAGAUGUGAUGCUGGGCAACCAUUUUUCUACUGGUUGGACAUUGGAGAUGGCAAGGAAGUUGAUCUCAAGGAUUGCUCAAGAUCAAGGCUGCAACAAGAAUGCAUCAAAUAUCUAGGACCGCAAGAGAGGGAACAAUUCGAAUAUAUCAUUCAUGAAGGGACAUUGGUGCACGGAGGAACAGGACAUCUUCUUGAUACAAAUCUAGGAAUGCAAGAUUCUAAAUGGAUUUUCGUCAUGAGCACCUCAAGGAAACUUUAUGCUGGUGUGAAGAAGGGAUCAUUUCAUCAUUCCAGCUUCCUUGCGGGAGGGGCGACCUUGGCUGCUGGAAGACUUGCAGUAGAAAAUGGAAAGCUCAAGUCCGUGUCAGCAUACAGCGGACAUUAUCGUCCAAGCAACGAAAACCUUGGCAACUUCCUCGCCUUCCUUGAGGAAAAUGGAGUCACCCUUGAUGAAGUCCAGGUACUUUCUCCAAUGGAAGGCAACAAGAGCUACGAUUUGAGCAAAAUGAACCAAGCAGGAAGAACAAUUGGACAAACAAAAGAUGAACAGCCUGAACUUCAUGCUUCCAGAGUCGAAGAACUAAAUCAACAGUCUGAAUCCUGUACAUUUACACAAACAAAAAGAACGGUCACUUACCAAAGAACUGUAACUAGGAAUCUCCGCAACCUCCAAAUAAUUGUGCCGACGAAUGAAAUAUUGCAGAGGAUCAAGCCCAAGAAGGAAGCAAGUUCAUGCCAAUUUCGGGACCAAUUAUGUUCAGAAUGGUCAACAGGAGUAGGCCAGAUAACUGGAUCUGUUGCAGAAACCCUCUGAAGUUAGUCUCAAACGCUGGAAUUUGCAAACCUCUCGCCUAGGGUUCCCAUCAUGGCAUCGAGCUCUGAACCUCCAUCCGGAUCACAGCCUUUACAUCGUGCAGGGUAAUGUGACCGGGAUUGUAAGCCCGUCCCUUUUUUAUGCAAGUGAUAUUGGAGAAGGAAUUGAACGCAGAACCUCAAGUGCAUGUGUAAAUGCUGUUAAGUGCUUGAGCAACAAGAAGCUGGUAUUGUAAGCC